UGAUCGUGCCGUUUUAUUGCCGUCUCUUCUCAGUGAAGUUGGAGUAACUCGGGUUUCCGGUGGAGAAACAGAGGAAUUUAUGAAAGAGACGGAGGUGAAGUUACCGGAUGACUUCCGGUGCCCGAUCUCGCUCGAGGUGAUGACUGAUCCGGUCAUUUUAUCCUCUGGCCACACUUUCGACCGCGCCUCCAUCCAGCGGUGGCUCGACGCCGGUAACCGCACCUGUCCGGUCACCAACCUUCCGCUCCCCGCUUCCCCAUCGCUCAUCCCCAACCACGCUCUCCGCAGCCUCAUCUCCUCCUUCCUCCCCGGCGGCCUCCCGGCCGCCUCCACCUCCGGCCACCACCUCGACUCCCUCCUCCUAGCUCGUCUCUCCUUCCCUUCCGACGCCGCCACCCUCGCCGCCGUCCUCCGCCUCGCCCAAGACGGAGGCGGCGCCGGGUUUCGCCGCCUCGUCGCCGACUCCGGCGCCGUCUCCGUUCUCCUCCGCCACGCGCCCGCCGCCGACCGCCCCGAUCUACAGGACCUCGCGCUCCGCGCCCUGAUUCACGUCUCCCUCGACGGGGACGACGCCCGGCUCGGCCUCCUCGCGGAGGGCGCCCUCGACCCCGUCGUCUCGGCCCUCCGCGGCGGCCCUGCCGCCGCACUCGCCGCCACGCUCCUCACCAGCCUCGCCGUCGUCGACGUCAACAAGGCCACCAUCGGCGCCCACCCCGCCGCGAUCCCCGGCCUAGCGACGCUACUCCGCGGCCACGACGGCCGGCAGCGGAGGGAGGCGGCCACGGCGCUCUACGAGCUGUGCAAGUUCGCCGGGAACAGACCCCGUGCUGUUCGUGCUGGAACCGUGGCGCCGCUCCUCCAUUUCGCCGGCGAGGGGUCGGAGAGAGCCGUGCAGGUCCUGGCACUCCUCGCCAAGUGCCGAGAGGGAAAGGACGAGAUGAGGAAGACGGUUGGAUUCGUUAGGGCACUGACCGACGUCGUUAGAACUGGGAGCCCCCGGGGCGUGGAGCACGGCCUGUCGGUCCUUAACCUGGUCUGCUCCGAUUGCCAAGAAAUGGCUUUGGAAGCCAUCGGAGAAGGGGUCUCGGGCCUCUGCUCUGUUUUAGCCGGCGACAUGGAUCCAAAGAUCGGGAGAAACGCGACGGAAUUGCUUCUGAGACUGGAAAUUCUCUCUUCUCCUUGCAUGACGCCCAACAGAAGAGAUCGGUAAAGAAGGCAAAGCUGCUUGCUUGAUCCCAUCGUGUCUUUAAAAUCUGGAAGAUUUAUGGAAUGAGCUAUAAAUGGUAAAGAGAUCAUUAAGCAGAAUUAGGGCCAUCCAUGUUAUUAUAAUUUCUAAUUAUAUAGAACUAAUUUCAAUUCAGCUGAAUGAAUUGAAUUACUAAAGUAUUGUUGUUGUUGUUGUUUUGAUAUUAAAUUCAAAGUAUCUGCAAAGUAUCUUCAA